AUGAUUAUUAUUGGUGUUGGUUCAAUAUUUGUUAUGAUUCCAUAUUUAGCUCAAAUUUUUGAAAAUGGUCAAUGGAUUUUAAUUGCUCUUUGUAUGACACAAGCUGAUAGUGUUGGAGGAGCUUUUACAACAAUGAAAAUGAGACUUUUUGGAACUCUUCUAGGUUCAUCUACCUCGAUAAGUGUCAAUUUGUGUAUGGUUUCUCCGUAA